AAUGAACGCUUUAGCUCUCAGUCAGCUUUCACUUCCACUGUAUCUUUUCUAGGGUUUUUAAGGUUUCCGCACGAAUCUUCAACACACGUAUCAAUAUCAUCAUGACUACCGAAGAGAAAGAGAUCCUCGCCGCCAAAUUGGAAGAGCAGAAAAUCGAUCUUGAUAAGCCUGAGGUUGAGGACGCUGAUGACAACGAUGAGGAUGACUCCGAUGAUGAUGAUAAGGAUGAUGAUGCAGAGGGACAAGAUGGAGAGGGAGGCAAGUCAAAACAAAGCAGAAGUGAGAAGAAGAGUCGCAAAGCCAUGUUGAAGCUUGGGAUGAAGCCUAUCACUGGUGUCAGCCGUGUCACCGUCAAAAAGAGCAAGAACAUCAUGUUUGUCAUCUCCAAACCUGAUGUGUUCAAGAGCCCUGCAUCAGACACUUAUGUGAUCUUCGGAGAGGCAAAGAUUGAGGAUUUGAGCUCUCAGAUCCAGUCCCAGGCUGCAGAGCAGUUCAAGGCUCCGGAUCUCAGCAACGUUGUCUCACAGGGUGAAUCUUCGUCCAGCGCUUCUGCAGUGGUUCAAGACGAUGAUGAGGAUAUUGACGAGGAGGGUGUUGACGCAAAGGACGUUGAGUUGGUGAUGACCCAAGCGGGAGUGACUAGGCCCAAGGCUGUGAAGGCUCUUAAGGCUGCUGAUGGAGAUAUUGUCACUGCCAUCAUGGAACUUACCACCUAAAUCCAUAAAUUAAAAUCUUUUCAACUUUAAGUGUGGUGCCUGUCAAAAAUGAGUUGGAAUUUUGUUUUUUUUUCAUGUUUCCUUUGAAGUGAUUUUCAGUGUUGUACCAAUAUAAACCUCAUAGAUUAUUGAAUUUCAGUUUGAUUUGAUUUUGGAUA